AUGGCUAAAGUUAAACAAAAGGCCCAAACGGAUACACCGCAGCAAAUCCUGGCUUACAUUAGGCCUUCCAGCAUCAGUGGCUGGAGUUAUCCCUCUUGUUACCUGUAUAAAACACAAAAACGCAACAUGCUUAAUGUACGACAGAAAGCUGCGAGAGCUAUGUCUUGUCCUACAAAUACGUAUGAUUCGGUAAUUCCUAAAAAAUAUUUGUUGAUAGUGACUGGAGAAUAA